AUUAUUCUGUGCUGUCAACUAGAAAGCUAUUUCUCUGUUCAGAAUGUCUUCGGACUUUGAAACCUACGAACAGGAUUUUGGGAACAUAACAGCAGAAAUAACUAAUAAAAUUGGUAAAAUCCCCAAGUUAAGUGGAGAGGAGAAGACACAGCUGGUUCUAAAUGUCGACAAACAGCUUGAAGAAGUCAGAGAGUUGCUGGAGCAGAUGGAUCUGGAGGUCCGAGAAAUCCCCAUCCAGAGCCGAGCCAUGUACAACAGCAGGCUGAAGAGCUACAAGCAAGAAAUGGAGAAGCUUGAGAAAGAUUUUAAAAGGUCACGUAUUGCCUACAGUGAUGAGGUGCGCAAUGAGCUCCUGGGAGAAGACGCCGGUUCCUCGGAGAGCCAGUUGAUAAAGUUACGUGAAGAGAGAGCGCAUCUGUUGGACAACACAGAGAAACUGGAAAGGUCAUCACGGAGACUGGAGGCUGGCUACCAGAUAGCAGUAGAAACUGAACAAGUGGGACAAGAGAUUCUUGCCAAUCUGCACACUGACCGUGAGAAGAUCCAGCGAGCCAGAGAACGGCUGCGAGAAACGGACGCCAACCUGGGCAAGAGUUCUCGUAUCCUUACCGGCAUGCUGAGAAGGUAAGAGGCAGGGUCAUCCAGAAUCGCAUCCUGGUCUUCAUCCUCGGAACCAUCAUCCUGCUCACCAUCAUCCUGGCCAUCUAUUUCAAUCUGCGAGGCCACUGAUCUCUGCUCUACACACACACAUACACACACACUAGCCCCCCUCCCUCCUGACACAAAUACAAACACAUAUACACACAUGCGUGAUUAAUAGCGACAAAAGCGUUGUUCUGCUGUAAUUAGGACAAAUAGUCCCCAUGAAUCACUGUUUCCAAAGCCCGACAGGGAGCUUUUUUCCAUUUCACUCUUCUUUUUUGUUUCUUUCUCUUUCUUUCCUCCUCCACCACUUUUCUUUCUUUCUUUUCUUUUUAUUCUAUACUUGCCUUUUCUCUCCCCUCAGUUUAAUCCUCUCUGUCUAGCUUUUUCUUGGAUCUCCAGGGGGGGAAAAAUGGCAUUUUAUGGCAGUUAAAACUUUUCAUGGUAUCGUCCUCAGUGUGGAUUUGCAGCCCAUCCUCUCCCCAUCUUUUUUCCCCCUAAAAUGGAGGUGGCUAAGUGAUUUUCAAUGUGUGCGCAUGCAUGAAAGACAGGGAAACCGUCAUUCUGCACAUGUAUGUUUUCAUGAGUGAGGGUGCUCACACUGUUACUGACACCAACACCAGACGUGCAUAGAGUAGUAUGUAUGAGCUUCUGCAGCUAAAUGAUUCAACCAUUCUUUGUGUAGCCCCUUCACAGCAGAGGAGAGUGCCUUCAGAAAAGAUAUGCUGUUCACGCUUCUGCUUUAAAAGGCUCAGCAGAGCCCAAAAUAGGCACAUGGCGCUGCCUAGAAAAGAGAGUAUGUACAUAAAAAGGUUGAGGUCAGUUCAACUUUGGUUCUUUCAAUCAAGGUGAAAGUAUUAUUUGUUUUAUCAAGAGGAAGCUGCUUGUUUGCUACUUUUGCAUUGAGGAACAAAUAUGUGAUAAAUAUUUUAACAGUUUAGUGAUUGAGGGAAAUGAGAGAGAAAAUGUAUUUUUUUUUAAAUACAUUUUUAGUACAAUAGAGAACUGACCAAAACCUUGACCAGUAGAGUACAUAAAACAGUACAGAGAAAAGUUGCUUCUGACAUUAUUACCAUCUUCAAGACUUUUUAUUUGGUACUCUGCACUCCCUGAACACACGUCAUAACUCAUUCCUUUGGACUUUUUAACUCAUUGUGGACAUUAUAGUGAUCAUACUGUAUGUACUAACAUUUAAAUAGACAUCUUGUUUAGUGUUUUUGCUUUCAAUACAAGUGAUUCUGUUUCUAUUUAUUUAUAAAUACGGUUUUCAUUUAAAAUGUCUGUGUUAGAAAUGUACAUUUUAUGAUGUUUAAAGUUAUCCAGAAUUAACAUUAAUUAAAUUUUGGCUGUUGACUGAUGCAGACUGCACAUCAGGACCAGUUGAAAUGUGUGGAUUUGUAGUUGUCUUAAAGUUUUUUUCUUCUAUUAAUUGAUAUAACUUGUUUUCAAACCUGUAAUGUUUCUUCUGUACUUUCCAUGUUAAGUUCUGAAGAUCGUGACGCAGCUCAUGUUUCUAUGUUUAUCUGUGUGCAGGCUGAUGAUGUGAUACGUUUGCGGGUGUUUGAGUUUGCUGCCAUCUAAUUCUUCUGUGGGUCUAGGAAAUACUAAAUUUAAGAGCAUGUUUGGAGAAUUUUUAGAAGUUGAGAUAAAGGGGGGAAGGAUAGUAAUGCUCAGCAAAUCAGAAGCAAACACAUGCACACAGUGAGGUACUGGAGUGCGAAUGUGUCUCUUGUGGGUGACGUGCUGGUUCCCAGUGAGGAAAUUUGCUAUUCUGUUUCAGGCCCAUAGUCUUCAUUUUCGAAGAUGCAGGGGAGUAACCACCCCACCCCACACACACAGAUACACAUAUGCACACUACCAAAGCACCCUCCCCUCCCGGCCACCCUUUCACAGGCCCUCACCAGCCGCUGCACUACCGUCGGCUUCAAAGCGUCAAAUUAAUGGCCAACAAAAUAGUGUUCCUCUGACCGUCCCAUGUGGGGCCGACCCACCAAGAGUUAUCAUUAAAGUCAAGGAAUAAUGAAAAAAUGGAGGAGGAAAAAAGGGAAAAGGAAGGAAGUGAACAAGGAAGGAUGUAGGUGGGGAGAGGGUGGGGGUCACAUUCCCUGGCAGCUUGACAAAGCUCAUCUGAUAAUGACCCUCGGUGAUUGUGCUUUCACCCAGUCAAAGUGCGCUGUGUGUGUCUGCCUGCAUGUGCAGCCUACCUGCAGUAUGUGCUGAUGUGCUCUUGUCUCUGUCUUCCUCUGCCUCCCCAUCCCUCCUGCUUCCCCUUCUUUCUCUCUACCUCUCCUGCCACCUCCUCCCUGUCCUCCCCUCCCUCCCUCCCAGCCUGUCAGAUGAGCGGAGCGGUAGCUAGCGAGUGAGCGGUGGAAGGCAGCGUGGCGGCGGCUUCUAUUUGAAGUUGUAAUGGUGUCAAAAAGUCAGAGCUGACUGACAGACGUCAGUCCCACAGGGCCUCAUUAAAAACAGACCCACUUGACAAGGAAAUAAUUGAGCGCCGGCGACAACUCGGGGGCCCCUCCGCGUUUUUAGAUGUUUUUAUUUUCUUUUCAUUAUUAGUGCCGAGCUAUUAUGUUCAUUAAGAAAUGGCAUUAAAACAAGUUUUUAAAAGCUGGGAAAGACAGGGUGGGGUGGAGGGAAGACAGGCUGCAUGGAGGUGGGGAGAUAACGAUUUGUUUAGAGCCCCCGUUCUGUUUUAUUAUUUAAACAGGAGCACUGUCAUGUGAUAGCUUGGCAGACAUUGGCUAUCAUCCCUCUGUUUCCCAUCCUCCCUUUUUUUCCCUUCUUUUCUUUUUCCCCCUCAGUUUUCCCCAAGCUUUCAUCUCACCCUGAUCCAUACCUUCCUUCCUUCCUUCCUUCCUUUCUUUCUUUCUUUCUUUCUUUCUUUCUUUCUUUCUUUCUUUCUUUCUUUCUUUCUUUCUUUCUUUCUUUCUCCCACCAUUUGCUGAUUUGGUUUUCGACAAGCGUCACACCGCAGAAGGCUGAGGAUGAAAACUUGUCAAAAAUAGGUUAUAUCUUAUUCCAAGGGGCAACAAUAGCAGCAGGUAGAGACACCAUUUAAUAUUUAAUUUAGACGGGUGUUAACCCUCCUUAAGUGACUGAAGCUGUGUCUUUCAUACAGACACCAGGAUAAAGGAGGGGCAAAUAAUUAUGUGACAUCUGAAAAGUGAUUUUAAGCCUCUUCCUGCCUUCUCAUAAAUCCCAUUUAUGUCGUCAAACAACUGUUCCUUGUUUAUGCGCUAAUGACAACAUAAGCAAUUGUGCAGUGCUAUUUCCUGGUGUACUAAUAUUAUAUCCCACCACCUUGGAUCAAUAGCAUCCCCUGUGCCCAGCUCAGCAGUCAUCCCUGCUCUCAUUGGCCUGUUCUGCAAGAUUCACAUGAACAUUUUAAAAGGAAGGCUCCUCAACAAGGAACCUCUGCGAUGCACCACUGUUACAAAAAAGCCUGAUGUUUGUCAGCCAUUUAAGAUGACAAGGGAUUGUGACAAGCGUCGUUUGAGCUGUCUGUCCCUGUGUAGAACGGGCCUUAAACUGGAUAAACAGCGCCAGUGGUGGGAUCACAACAGGAGGGUGGUGUGCUUCAUCUACAGGAGUGUCCACAAUGCUGUCAUCCGCCACAUACAGAAACACACAUGCAUGUUACAAGAGGCCCUUCAACACCAACUACCUAAGGGGAAAAAAUAAGAAAA